GAAAGCGAAGUGCGGGCAGUGACUCUCGGGCAUCGUUUGCUCUGGCCUGGCGCCGGCGCCUGCGCGGAAGAGAGGGCGGAGGACAGUCCCCGGUCCCGGCCGCCAUGGAGGAGCAACCGGGGCCCGGGCCGGGCGGCCGCAUCUCGCUGCAUAACUUCAGCGCCAGGCUCUGGGAGCAGCUCAUCCACUUUCAUGUCAUGCAGCUGACCGACUCGCUCUUCUUGUGGGUGGGAGCGGCGCCCAGCCUGCGCAACCUCGCCGUGGCCAUGUGCAGCCGCUAUGACUCCAUUCCCCUGACUACAUCACUCAUUGGAGAUGCUUCUGACACAACCUCAAAUUCAAAAGCUCAGCGGUUAGCCAGGAAGACUAAAAAACAGGUGUUUGUCAGCUACAUUCUUCAAAAUACAGACUGCAAUUUCACAUUACUCAUAGAAAACAGGAUCAAGGAAGAAAUGGAGGCUUUCCCCGUGAAGUUCUAGUGGUAGCAUAUGGUGAACUGCAACUUGUGUAUAUUUGUGUUUUUAAAUAAAUCAUGUGGAUUUUGCAAUGAA